CUGUGAGGUCAGCAGCAUCCGGGACCUCGUCUGCCUCGACAUUUCUAUUUUUGCGUCAGUUGGGAAUUUUGUGUGCUUUACUUUGUUGUGUCUUUUAGUGAUGGUUCGUGUGUAGUCCCUGUAACCUGCACGAGGUUUCUGUACAGUGUAUAUAGCCGACCUAAAGCCCUCCCUGUAAAUACAAACAGCAUUCACGCGUCAGACAUUUAUUUCAACACGGAGCGAAGACCGUUGCCUGCGGACAGAGCUACGACUGCAAGCUUCUUUACGGCGCUGCGAGGACAUGGCCAUGGUUCAGCGUGACGGCAGCGGCGAAGAAGCUUUGAACAACGGUGACAGCAAGGAAGAGGUGGCAGAGGAGGAGGAAAAUUGCGUGGAAGCUGUGGUGGAAUGUGCCGUGACAACUGCGGCAUCUGGAGUGACGGAGGAAGGUGACAGCAACAGCAGUAGCACUUCUGGGGAUAGCAAGACUGGAACGGCGGAGGAAGUCUCGGCAGAACCAGACGAAAAUGGUGCUGCCAAGGAGGCAGGCCCACCACGGCACCAGUACUCCAAGGCAGAGCUGCUCAAGUUACGAAAUGGUGACCACAAGCGUCCUGCCUGCUUGGAUCCAGCCUAUAACAACCUGUCCGGCAUGUGGGACCCCGAGCGGUGGUUUUCGGGCAAGCGGCGAGGCGGGUCUGUGUCCCCCGCCGAGGAGACUGCCGCGCCCUCAGCGGGCAGCACUGCUCCCCCCUCUUCGUCGUCAUCGGCGGGAGGAGGGCAGCAGCGCAGCAAGCGGGAGCGGCUGGACUCUGAAGGAGGGGGGGGAGAGCCCACUGGCAGCCUUGGGGGUCCCAAGCGCCGCAGCAGCACAGACCCCAAGGAGCGGCUGGCACGGGAGGAGCGCGAUGACCUGGUGCUGAGCCCCCAGCGGCGCAGCUUCGGCACGGGCUGCCACGUCAGCCAGCCGCCCCGGCCGUCCUCGGAGGCAGGCUCCAAGGAUGACCCGCAAGGGCUACUUCAUAGGGAGCCCCCCAGCCGGCGCAUAGGUAGCGGUCGAAUCCUACGAGACCAGCGGGACUGGGAUCGUGAGAACAGAGACCGUGAGUAUGGCUACGGAGGGCGACGAUUUGAUGACUCUGGCCACUCGAGCGGCGGCGGGGGAGGACAUUCCAACCGCUACGGCGACCGGCGAAGAGGCCGUGACGAACGCAUUGAGGAAGAGGAAGAGCCUGAGUGGUUUGUGGGUGGCCCGACCAGCCAGCACGACACCAUCGAGCUGGUGGGCUUCGAGGAGGACCCCGAGGCUGGGAGCCGGCCCACCCGGGGUCCUUCGUCUUCGUCUGCCCGGCGGAUGCGCCGCAACCGUGAGCUUGCCAACCGCAAGCAGCAGAAUGGCCCUGAGCGCCGCUCUCCCGAUCAGGAGAGCAGCAGCAAGCAGGAGCAGCAGCAGCCGAUGGCAGUUACAGCGUCAUCAUCGCAGACUUCCACUUCUGGGACGACCACAAUUUCGCACUCCGUGCCUGCUGUUGCAGUCUCUGCAGCGCCUACUCUCAAGAGAAGUGACAGCAGAGAUUCAUCGAGCACGAGUGCAAAUUGCACCACCAAUGUCAGCAAGUCGUCGAGUGACGGGCCUGGAGAGACCUCGACGCCACUGACGACGAGCCCCACUCUGACAGACAGGGUCAACGCUGCCCCACCAGCCCUGCCCACUCACGAUGGUUUCGAUUUCAAUGACAUCUUCAAGCCUGACUGGUGUCCUCGGUUUCUUUCGGAGGACGCCCUGGGCGACGGAGACGUCGGCCUGAGUGGGGGCAGCCGCUUCUCGCAGUGGUUCCGACGCGAGAGCCCGCCCCUGGACCAGCCGUUGGUGCCUCCCCUGGACAGUGGUCUGCUGGCCGCCCUCAGUGGGAAGGCCGACGAUGAAGGCAUGGACCACCACCACCACCGCCAUCAUCGCCAGUCGUUUCAGCGGCAGGAGAAUGACUUGGCCUCGCGCAUCCUCGCCUCAGGUGCCUCUGCCGCCCCCACUGUCUCUGAAAGCAGCAACGCCACUGCGGCCACUGCCGCCCUGUCGCCGCCGCCGCUUUCUCCUGCUUCCCUGCUUUCUCCCCUGUCUCCACCUCCUUCCCCUGCACGGGACUUGUGCAUUCUGCCCGAGGCCUGCCUCCCUCCUCGCCUGUUGGAGAGCCCUCCCUCUCUCGGCUCAUCCCUCUCUUCCUCUCCUUGCCGAUCUGGUGUAACCAGCAGUGAUGGCAUGCUGUCUACACCGGACUCGUACUUCACACCCAUAAGCCCUGCUUUGCCACCAGACCGCAUGUCUCCGUCACCACCUGUCCGUGAUGGCACUUCCAAGAACAUCCUGGACAUCCUUAUGGAUGCCAACAUCAAUGUCGAGGCCCACAUGCUCAACGGUGACGCUGCCAAGACCGCUCGGCUGCGAGAGCACGCCUUGUCUGGCAAGGCCAAAAGUGUGGAAGAACUGGAGGCUGACCUGAAGCAGGUGGUCCUUGGUGGUCACAACAGGUCUGUUCAGCAGCACCACCACCACCAUCACCACCACCAUGAGCAACUGCAGCAUCAGUCUCAGCAACAACAGUCUCGGCAGCAGCAGCAGCUUCACCAUCCCCUGGGGAUAGUGCCAACUCUCAACCUGCCUCAGCAGCAGGAUCAGCAGCACCUGCAGGGACUGCUGAGCAAGCUUGGGGCACACCCGGGUGCCUCCGGAGGUGCACUGAUGGUACCCCCAUCUCUGCCUGAGAGGGCCCUUCAGGAGGAAGACCUACUACGGGCCGCUGGCCAGGCACCACUGCCGCAACCAAUGCAGCAGCAUCAUGGCAUGGUGCGCGGCAGUGGUGUGGAUGGCGUGCAGCAGCCACCCCCGGGUCUGCUGUCGCAGCUGUUGCGUCCGCCUGCUGCUGCGGCCAAGGGCCCCACCAUCACCCCUCAGCAGCAGCAGCAAGGGGGCCAGGAUGUGCUUGUGAAGAUCUUGGCUGGCAUGGGGCCAGUGUCGCCGGGUCUCCAGCCGCCCCCAAUGGCAUCCCACCAGCCCAUGAGCCCCACGGCCCAGUUGCUUGCUGCUCGGCAUGACCCCAUGGCUGCCGCAGCUGCAGCAGCCAUGCUUCGGCAGCAACAGCAGCAGGAGAUGCUGAACAGCCUGCUGAAGCCACCACCACCACCUGUGGUGACCACCCAGCGGCCGUCGCCCACCCAGCAGUUGGGGCUGCUGGCCCCCUGCCCGUCGCCCCUGCCAGGUGGCCCCCAGGACCCACGUCGAGUUCCCUCUCCACUUGUGUUUGGCCAGCACCCGUCGCCCAUUCCUCCUGUGGCAGGACCCACACCUGGUGCCCCAGUGCAGUCUUCAAACACUCUGCAGGUUCAUAGCGGAGGCCUACGGCCGCGUGUGCCGUCCCCACAAGAGCUGGCGGUGCACACGCAAUCCAUCCUGCAGACGGCACUGCUCAAGAAGAUACUCGAGGACCAGAAGCAGAAGGAGAACCUGCGCAAGCAGCAGGAGGCACAGAGACGCUUGGCAUGGUUCCUGCAUGCUCCCUUUGUCCCGCACCGACCCCAGCCCAUCUUCAUCCCAGCGUCAGCUCUGCAGCACGUGACUACGACGCGUUCGCCGACCACGACACAAGGCUUGACUACAAACAGGGGAUCAUCGCCAUCCAAGGGCUUAAGUCCUACCAUGGCUGCAUUCACUCCAACAUCAGUGAUGCGCAAAAUGCACAUGGAGCGCCAAGACCCAAAAGCCUCUGACAAAGGUGGCCCCAAGGCCAAUGGGGAAACCACAUCCAGUGAUGGCACGUCUCGGCAGCCACAGCAGCAGCAGCAUCGAAUGAACAAUGGCACAGUACCUCGGGCCCCCACCAUUGGCAGGGCCAUCAUUAAGGGCAACCAAGCUGCCCAGCCACAGAGUUCGUCUGAUGCUAAAAACUCCAAGCCUAUUCAGCAGCACCCACCUCAGCAGCAGGCUGCGGGCAGCCUCAUGCGAAGUGGUGGAGAGGUGGACAUGAUGGCCAAGCUGUUCGAGCAGCAGCAGCAGCGCCUUCUCCAGCAGCAGAGGGGGCCUCCUCCACCAGGUGUGCUGGGCCUAGUCAGGCAGCAGCAGCAGGGGCACCCUGCCAUCAAGCUGCCGGGCAUGAUGAGGGCUGCGGCGGCUGGCGCCCCGGCGGCGCCCCAGUCUGCUGCCAUGGCUGCGUCCCGAGCCCACCACGCAGCUGGUGGACUGAAAGGUGUGGCUGGUGGCGGCAGUGGCCGUGGGCCAUCCGUUGAGAUGCUGCAGCAGGCCCUGGCCCAGGGUCUCCACCCACUGGCAUUCCAGCAGUUCCUGCUUGGGGGUGCCGCUGCCCCUCCCGCUGUGGGGCCUUCUCCCUUUGCACCCUCUUUGCACCAGUCCCCAGCGCACCCCUUUGUGACCAAUGCCACAGGACCCCGUGAUGCCAAGGGUGCCAGCAUGGUGCCCGGUGGACUCCCCGGUCGUGUGCCCGCUGUGCCAGCAGCAGCGGCUGCGGCGGCAGCAGCUGCUGCAGCCGGGAUGCCGCCUGCCAAUCUGGCCAAGUGGUUUGGCAGCGACGUGCUGUACCAGCCCACCUUGCCCCCCGUUCCCCACCAGAAGGCCCUGCUUGUCGAGGAGGUGGAGCGACAGCAGCAGCAAGCUACGGCCGUCAAGAACUGAGCAACGAGUGCAUCGCCACCUUUUGCCUGCCACAGUUUCUCUCGCCCGGAACCUUUCUGUGCCGGCCUGUCCAACAGCAGCAGCCUGCUCGCAACGUCCUGUGCACUCGUCGUGGCAGACGACACACUUUUCUGCCCAUCGUUCACCCUCUUGGUGGGGGAUGCCUGAAGAUGUUGGGUGCCUCUCUGGCAGGCCUGUCGGGGCCCCUUUUGCCAAAGCACCUCCCUUCCCCGCCCCAGUGCACUGUGCGUGACCCGGUGCCACUUAGUAGGCAGAUGCUGUGGAACAUAGGAGGGGGCAGUUCUUCUCCAGUCGUGGUUCUUUUUUCUUUUCCUUUCUGUUCUUGGGGCAACUUGUGUAUGUGUGUUCAACAUGGUUGGGCAAAAGGUGGUUUGAGUGAAGCAGCAGUGUUUCAAGUGUACUAUUUGUGUACCCCUUCUGCACUCCAUUCAGGUGGUGCUGAUGACGAUGGUCAGGAAAUGGAAGUAAGACUAACAUAAACGCGCCCUGCGUGGUGUGCGAGGAGCUUAUCGUUGCUGUCAUACGUGGGACACUUUCUCCCAGCCCGUUCUUUAGUUUACGUUGGCUUACACUGUUCAGCUUGUUUGUGUGCUGCAAAUGGCUAGUGUUGCAAAAAAAGAAAAAAAAACACGGCAUUCAAAGGAACACAUGAAAAAGUGCAUACAGUCUGUAUUACUUCACAACUUUUUGUGGUCUGCAUUUUUUUUUAUUAUUCUGUGUAGGGAGCGUUUGUGUGCCUCCUGUUUCAUUGGAGAGAGCACCUUAAUUUAAUUCAUUUCUUCUUCUGGGUUUGGAUUCCUUGAAUUUUUUUCAUUUGAGCUUUUUCCUCUGCAGCCAAAGUACAAAGUGAGAAAAAAAAAAUCAAAGUGGCUGCAUUUUUCUCUUUUCCUUGUCUGUACUCUUCUGUGCACUGUCCCUCGUAUUCGUCUCGUGGGUUCCUCCUCCCGGUGUGUUUGCACGUGCAAGUCUCGUUAUUUCGGGAUAAGCGGUGUGUUGCGACUGCUGUGAAGUCUUUGAUGAAGAGAACCGUCGAUCUGGCUGCACGGAUCUGUGCAGUCUGGUGUGUGUGUGUGUGUGUGGGUGUGGGUGUGGGUGUGUGUGUGUGUGUGUGUGUGUGUGUGUGUGUGUGUGUGUGUGUGUGCAAACGUGUUCGUGUCUCGUACAGUUUUCGUGUAGGCUCGUAGUCGUGUCCUGUGCCAUUCUGUUGGUGUGUUCUAGUUUCGUGCAUUAGUAGGGAUACUAUAGGAAACAUUGCACCUUGUCAUUCUUGUUUGUCCUUUACAUUGUGCGCAUUCAAAGUGCGGUGUCUCGUUCGAAGUGUUUUUCUUUUCCUUGUGCCGGCAAAUUCUGUUCAGCUUACUUUCUUCUACAUGUGAAGUUGUUGUGAUCUGCAUCAUGUUUAUGUAUGCAUUAACAUUUGUUACCCCUUGCUGUGCCCGUAUUUUGUUCGUUAUGUACACGAAUUGGCAGGUUGAUUCUAGUUUGCACACUAGCUCUACGAUGGCUUGUGCUAGUUCCAUACAUUGUGAGAAAUGUCCCAUUUGUCAUCUUUCCAGCUCAUUUGUGCAUCCUUAACUGUAACUUUUUUAUUUGACUAUCUAGGCUACUGCUAUAUCGAGUGGCUACUUGAGAACCUCAAGGGACGCAGGCACUUGUUCACUCAAUGUGGGCUGGAAAAGUCUCAUCGAAUGAAGGGGCACAUACACCUCCAGGGUGGCAUUGCUCAAAAUUGAUUAGUGACAAUCUCGCCUGCAUUUUCUUCCCUUUCAAUGCAUGUUACUAGCUUAUGUUGUAGCAUAUUUCUCUGUACUUGAAGAUCCUUUAAGUCUUUUUUUUUCUUACUUUUUUUUUGGUCUUGCAGCGGUCUAUACAUUACUCAGGCUGGCACUUUUUUUUGGUAGGGGGGUUGAACCUGUUUUUGCUUGUCGUGUCGGCUUGUAACUCGUGCUGCAUCUGAAGUACUGCCGCACCUUGCAUUCGAUUGAUGGCUGUCGCUGCCAAAGCUGCUGCAUUGUUUCCUUCUGUGUGUACUGUCGUUCCCUGCGAAAGGCCACCACCACACCACCAUGCGUUUUGCCGUUGGCAAAUUAGCACUGGGUGCUGAAGUCAUUUACCGCUGUCGUGCAUGGGCUAUAGGCACGAGUACGGCGCUCCCCUCCCCCCCCCUUUUUUUUCUCACUUGACGUUGCUUUGUUCCAUUGAUGUCAAAACAUGCAGCUGGUUCUGCUAAUUCCUUUUUUCUUUUUCAAUUUGUUGUGUGUAAAUGUGCGUUCCAUGUUUUCUGUGGUUUCCUUUCUUUUCAGGUCCUUUGUGUGAGAUCGUGAUGUCCAUGUUUUGUUCUGAUGGGGAUAAAAAGAGCUUUGAAAAGUGAAAAAAAAAAGAGAAAAAAAAAACGCUAGACCUUUCUCAAGAUAAGUGACAUAAGCUUGUUUCUGAGAAAAAAAAAGUAAAAAUGAGUCUGUGAUAGUCAUUUCAGCUCUUCAUGCCCUUUAUUCUAUAUUUUUGUUGUUGUGUGCCCUCCCCCCUCUUGUAUUUUUUAUUUUCCUCUUCGUGUGUGGCCUGCAAACUUCCUGUGCCCGGAUGUUGUUCUGGUCAUCACUUCUCUGUCAACUGUUGUCCUUAUCUACUAGAGUUAGUGUGUGUGUGUGUCUGUGUGUGUAAACAAAUGCGGGUCUCCAGUAGUACAUACUUCUGUUCUAAGAUGUUUUUUUCCCCUCAAAGCAGUGGUAACCAUUCUGGUGUCUCGUUUUUUUUUCAGGUUUAAAUUUGGUGCUGAGUAGUUGGCUGCAGUAGCAUAUAUGCCUGUCCAGUGUGCGUGCUAAAACUGUGCUGUAAAUAGCAGUGUCUCCUGCGUUUUCCAACUUAAAAAAAAAAAGCUUUCGUUUGUUCAGUCUGCCAUAAAAACAGGUCUGUUGUGCAUUAGGCAUCUCUGUACAUAACCUAGGCGAAUGAAACGCAUUGUAAAUGUCCCCCCUCUGCUGUGUCGCAAAUUGUCGGAGCAUUGUGUAGCACUGUUUCGCUGCCUAAAUGCACUCAAGGUAAAGGGGAGAAAAAAGUCGUUAUUUCUUUCGAUGGCCCAUAGUUGUAGCUGGCAAUGCUUUGUUUCCGUGUCUCCAGUGGGAGGAGUAUUGUGGUGUAUUACGCAUUAGUCGGUUGGAUUAAUGUUGGUACCGACGUGCGUCAACUGUGUGCGUUUUUUUCUGUAAAUAGUGAGACUGUUUCGUGUGAGCAUGUGUGUUUGUGCGAGUGAGCAACAGUGGGAAAAAAAAGUGUUGCGUUGUAACUCGAGAAGAGUUUUAAGAAUUAUAUAAGAGUGAAAUGGUUCUUUGAUCCUGCUAUAUUUUUUUCUCUCCUUCCCUUGGAUAUAUAUUGUAGUCACAGCAUCCCUAUUCCAAAUUCUGUGGGAAAAUUUGUUAUAAAGGUACAGCCAUUGUAUAGCCAUUCUAUGGCUUGAAAUGUGAAAAACGUGGCAGCAGCGUCACCCAAGGCUGCAUUUGAAUGGACUGGUUGAAGCAUUUCGAUUUGAAGCAAUUUGGACCCUGCUGCGCUUUUUCCUUCCUCUCUGAAAUAAAUUGUGCCUUUUUAUUGAA